GCUUUUGGUGACGCUGCAUACGGCGACAUGGCGCUACUCCGUUUGGUCAGCAUUGUGGUCUCCAUCCUGGCUCUCGGAGCCUGGGCGCGCAACCCAACCCACCACCUGACCGCUUCGGAUUUGGACAGACUUCAGGAUGUCCUGGAGCAGCCGUUCACAGACCUGAAGUCAGCGUACUUCUCGAUUGUUGGCCUGAGCAAGCUGGGAGCGUCCGUGCCUGAUUCGGAUGAGGCUUGCAAUUUCAUUACGUCCAACCUGGAUACUUCAAGCAUAGAAUCUCUGUUUUAUGUGGCUGAGGCCAGUCGAGCGCUUUCCUCUUGUGAGAUCCACGUAUCGAACGAGACUCGGGAUUUGCUCCUCGCCGCUGUAAGCGAGGACUCGGCCAUCUCGCAGAUCCACCAGGCUGUGAGCGCGCUCAGCUCUCUGGGACUCCCUCUGGCAUCGCAAGAGGUGGUCAGUGCCAUUAAAGCACGCGUCGCAAAAGAGGACAAUGUCGUGGCCAUCAUGCACGCUCUGCAGACAGCCUCCCGUCUCUCUCAGCAGGCCGAACUUGGAGAGAUCCUGGAGGAAAUCGAGGAUCUGGCUGCUCGGCUGGAUGACCUAGGGGGCGUGUACCUCCAGUUCGAGGAAGGUCUGGAGGCCACCGCGCUGUUCGUGUCUGCAGCAUACGCUCUGUCCGAUUACAUGGACGUGGAGCCUCCACUGAAAGAGGACCAGGUGAUCCAGCUGGUGAACUCCAUCUUCAGUAAGAAGUCGUGGGAAUCUCUGUCUGAGGCGUUCAGUGUAGCCAGCGCUGCUGCCGCUCUCUCCAACAACCGCUUCCACAUGCCGGUCAUCGUUAACGCUCUGGGCUCUGCGGCUGUCUCGCACAGCCAGCCUCUGUUGCAGCUCCAGGUAACUGAUGUUCUGUGCCAGCCUCUGAGCUCUGCCAAUGUGCUGGUGGAAUCGGCUACCUCCGUGUCCUCCAAGGCUGUAGUCCUGAGUCAGACCCCCUUCACCCUACAUGAUGACAUUUUUGAGCUGAACUUCAUGGCCAGCCAGCCUGCGAGUGGUUACUACCAGUUCUCCAUCGCCGUCACCGGAGACAGCCGUCUGGUGGCCAACCAAAUUGACCUCAAGGUAAAAGUCUCCACUAAGGUAGCCAUCAAUAACAUGGACCUGUCUGUGGUCGACAAGGACCAGAGCAUCGGUGCCAAAACCACUCGAGUGGAAUAUCCAAACAAAGCCAAGACCUCCUUCUUGGCUGACAGCCACCAGAACUUUGCUAUGACCUUCCAGCUGGUGGAUGAAGCCACCGGAGUGGAGCUCACGCCUCAUCAGACCUUCGUCAGGCUGCACAACCAGAAGACGGGGCAGGAGGUGGUGUUUGUGGCCGAGCCGGACAGCAAGAACCUGUACAAGUUUGAGCUGGACACAGCUGAAAGAAAGACAGAGUUCGACUCUAUCUCAGGCACCUACGCGCUCUACCUGAUGGUGGGAGACGCCACGCUGGAGAACCCGGUCUUAUGGAAUGUGGCGGAUGUUGUUCUCAAGUUCCUCGAUGAGGAGGCUCCGUCUACGGUUCAGUCAAAGAACCUGUACGUUCCCAAACCAGAGAUUCAGCACAUGUUCCGUGAGCCAGAGAAAAGACCUCCUACUGUCCUGUCCAACACCUUCACCGCACUCGUCCUCUCUCCCUUCCUGCUGUUGCUCAUCCUGUGGUUCAAGUUGGGUGCCAAUAUUUCCAACCUCAGUCUAUCCCCCAGCUGUGUGCUGUUCCAUGUUGGCCAUGCUGCCAUGCUGGGCCUGAUGUACGUGUACUGGACUCAGCUCAACAUGUUCCAGACUCUUAAAUACCUGGCCAUCCUCGGAAGCCUCACGUUCCUGGCUGGGAACCGCAUGCUGGCUCAGAAAGCAGUGAAAAGACACAAAGCUAAAUGAUGGACGGAAAGCAGUCGCGAGGAGGCUGGAGCUUCAUUUUGUUCUCGUCUUUAUUUAAGUGAAGAAAUCUGGCACGAAAGCAUCAGUUUGAUGGAACUAACUGGCGUGACAGCUCAUGGCGGUUUAUUGGACUGUUCAAAAAAAAAAAAAAAAACAACAAACAAAA